UCCGUAUCCCUUUCUCUCCCUGUUCUCUCUCUCUCUCUCUCUCUCUCUCUCUCUUUCUCUCUAUCCUUCUCUGCAAGUUCACAGAAGACGCUCGACAUCGCCAAUGGAGGACGCUCAGAUCCAGAACGUGGACCCGGAGACGGCGUUCCUGGCCUCGAAGCGGCAGACCGGCAACGAGUGGGAGCUGUUCAAGGAGAACGUGCGCCCCCUGAAGAGGGGCCGCAACGUCAGCCUCCUCAACGACGCCCUCAGGUCCCACGCCGACAACCACCUCAAGAAAUCCCUCCUCGAUAAGCGAAGGAAGCUGAUCGAGGCGAUUGACGAUUACGAAGGGGACGAUCCUCUACAGGCAUGGCUUGAGUGCAUCAAGUGGGUUCAAGAGGCGUUUCCGCCGGGUGGCGACUGCUCGGGACUACUCGUGAUAUAUGAGCAAUGUGUUCGUGCCUUUUGGCAUUCGGACUGCUACAAAGACGACCUCCGCUAUCUUAAAGUUUGGCUGGAAUAUGCUGACAACUGCAGUGAUGCAGAAGUUAUAUACAACUUUCUGGAUGCCAAUGAGAUUGGGAAGCCUCAUUCUCUGUUCUACAUAUCUUAUGCCUUGUUCAUGGAAUCCAAGAAUAAGAUUAAAGCGGCCAAUGAAAUUUUGAAUCUUGGCAUAUCGAGGAAUGCUCAACCAAUUAAAAAGUUGGAGGACGCUUACAGAAAGUUUUUGGCACGCUCAAUGAGAAGACCAGCAGCUAUAGAUGAGGAAAAGCUGGAGAAUGGGCAGCCGGCACGGAGUUUUGGAACUGUCCUGGCAAAAGGAGAAAACGCAAGGCAGGCUGCAUUGAGUUUCGAUCUUGCCAACAGGAAACAGAAGGCUGAGAGGGUUCCAUUGCCCAUUUAUAAGGAUACGAAUAUGGGUAAGUCCUCGAGUCAUCAGCUUGAUACAUCAAAGAGGGGACUGAAUUCCUGGAAUAACCUUGGAGGUCGAGCAGAGAGAAACAAAGAGAACAAUGCACAACCUGCUAAAUGGACAUCCUACAAGAUACCCCAGAAACUUGGGCAGAGGACUGGAGUGGCAGCAGCUAGUACAUGUAUAGAGGUGUUUGUCGAUGAAGAAUGUGCAGAGAUGGGCAAAGAUGGAGGCAAAUCAUCAACCUUGGAGCUCAGGCAAGGCGAUGGCAAGGACCUUAAAAAGGAAACGGAGCUACUGAGGGAGAACCCGUUGCGCAAUUUCCCUCCCAACAGUCUUCCCAGGUGAUCUGAUCGGAGCACCUGAGGCUUGUUGUAUACUAUGCCAUAUGUUGGGGUCAGCUUUUACCUCUAAGGCUGAUCCAAAUACGCCAUGCACUUAAGAAGGAUUAUCGACAUCCAUUUUCGAUUUAUGUUUCUUUUCAACGUUUGUAACCAGUCGACCAAACCAACAUCUGUGCUGCUGCAACAUGAAGUCUGAUGUCAUUGUUGCAUUUGGCUAGGUGGGGAGGAUGUUUAACCCUCCUCCACAUGUUGCUGUAUUCUUGUGACGAGGACCGAUAGUUUGAAUUGGUUUUAACGCAAUUUGCUCCAUUUUAUUCCCCUUCUCA